CACGGCUUACUGAACUUGACAAAAGUGGACGUAACGUACGUGAAUGGCGAGUUGAAACUACAGCGCGCGAAUGACGUUUAUUGGAAGCUUUUCAUUGAUUAAGAAAUACUCAGGCCACGGGCACUUCUGUUGUGAGCUUUUGUGCAGUUCUGGAGUGUAAUUUAUAUAUAAAUAUAUAUAUACAUAUACACUUUAGUGUUUCGGAAUGACUAAGGCUAUCCAACGCUUGGACGUGACUGUAGUAAACCGUAUCGCAGCAGGGGAAGUGGUUCAGCGACCCUCUUGCGCGAUUAAGGAAAUGAUAGAAAACAGCUUGGAUGCCAAGUCUUCAAGCGUACAGGUUAUCGUGAAAGAUGGAGGAAUGAAACUUAUUCAGAUCCAGGAUAAUGGCACAGGAAUUCGGAAAGAAGAUCUUGAGAUAGUAUGUGAACGAUUUACUACUAGUAAGCUGCAGAAAUUUGAAGAUCUUUCAACUAUUUCAACUUAUGGAUUCAGGGGUGAAGCACUAGCCAGCAUAAGUCAUGUAGCCCAUGUUACCAUAACAACCAGAACAGCUGAUGGCAAGUGUGCAUACAGAGCUUGUUACAGUGAUGGAAAGCUGAAGGGUCCUCCAAAGCCAUGUGCUGGAAACCAAGGCACUCAAAUCUUAGUAGAAGAUCUCUUUUACAAUGUUAAGAUAAGGAGGAAGGCACUAAAAAGUUCAAGUGAAGAGUAUGCUAAAAUUGUGGAAGUUGUCAGCAGAUAUGCCAUUCACAACUCUGGAGUUAGUUUUGCACUUAAGAAGCAUGGAGAGACGUCUGCAGAUGUCAGAAGUCUACCAAAUGCAUCAGUUGUUGACAAUAUUCGGACUAGUUUUGGAAACGCUGUCAGCAGAGAAUUGAUAGAAGUUAGCUGUGAAGACCCAACACUUGCCUACAAAAUGAAAGGUUAUAUUUCCAAUGCCAACUACUCUGUGAAGAAAUGUAUCUUUUUACUAUUUAUUAAUCACCGAUUGGUUGAAUCGAAUGCAUUGCGAAAAGCCAUUGAAACUGUAUAUGCUGCCUACUUACCGAAGAAUACACAUCCUUUCCUUUACCUUAGUCUGGAAAUAGCAGCGCAAAAUGUAGAUGUUAAUGUACAUCCCACCAAACAUGAGGUUCACUUCCUUCAUGAAGAGAGUAUCGUAGAGAGCAUACAGCACCAUAUAGAGAGUAAACUACUGGAUUCUAAUUCUUCCAGGACUUACUUUACACAGACAUUACUUCCAGGACCUGCCUUAUCUACCAGUGAUGUUUCAUCAGUUGCUAAAAGCUCUGGGGAGAAAGUAUAUGCCCAUCAAAUGGUCCGCACUGAUUUCCGAGAACAAAAACUUGAUGUUUUCUUGCAGCCGGCAAGUAGGCCAGCACAAGAUGAAAAGGCAAGCAGUUUGUUGCCAGAAUGCAGUGGUGGAAAACUGGAUGACAAGGAAGGGCAGCAGGAUAUUGAAACUGAAGGAAUGCAUAAUGUAGAUUUGCUGACAGCUGCAAAGGUGUCUACAGUUGAUUCUGCGCAUAAUUUUGAAAACGAGGCCCAAGGCAUAGUUUCUGCACCACCUAGGAAACGGCCACGGACAGAUGUGGAUGUUGAGAUGAAUGAAGGGGCAGAAGAGGAAAGCUGUGAAAAUGAAAUGACUGCUGCUUGUCUCCCAAGGAGGCGAAUUAUCAAUCUGACAAGUAUACAGAUACUGAAAGAUGAAAUUUCCAGCCGUGCACACCAAGGACUGCAAGAGAUGAUACGCAACCACUCAUUUGUUGGCUGUAUCAAUCCUCAGUGGGCAUUAAUUCAGUGUCAAACAAAGCUCUAUUUGAUUAACACCACUAAUCUCAGCCAAGAACUAUUUUAUCAGAUCCUGGUAUAUGACUUUGGAAACUUUGGUAUCCUGAGAUUGUCAGAACCAGCUCCAUUGUACGACCUAGCCAUUCUUGCUUUGAACAGUCCUGAAAGUGGCUGGACAGAAGAUGAUGGCCCCAAAGAAGAAUUAGCAGAGUAUAUUGUGCAGUUUCUAGGAAAGAGAACAGAAAUGCUAAUGGAUUAUUUCUCAUUUGAGAUUGACAAGGAUGGAAACUUGAUUGGAUUACCCCUACUCUUGGACAAUUAUAUUCCUGCUCUUGAGGGAUUACCAAUGUUUAUUUUACGUUUGGCCACAGAGGUGAAAUGGGAUGAUGAGAAGGAGUGUUUUGAGACAUUCAGUAAAGAAUGUAGUACAUUUUACUCUGUCAGGAAGCAAUAUAUUGUAGAAGAUCCUUUGCCAUGUCAGCAGCCAGAAGAGCCUGCUGAAAGUACAACAUCAUGGAGGUGGACAACUGAGCAUAUUAUUUAUAAAGCCUUCAGAACGCAUUUGCUUCCCCCACAACAGUUUACAGAAAAUGGAAACGUGUUGCAACUUGCAAAUCUUCCAGAUCUUUAUAAAGUCUUUGAACGAUGCUAAAAUUGAAGUAGUUUUACAAUCACUUAGUUUUAUUACAUUUAGACUAAAUCUUGAUUAAUCUCUCUGUUCAUAUAAAAUUCCGAUAAUUUAACUUCCAAACAGCUAGGUACCUUUUAAAAAGCAACAGAUGAUUCAGACUUGAAGGACCUGUUACAUCUGAAGUUUUGCAAGAAAACAAAAACUCUUUCAGGAUGCCUCAGCUUCUUGGACCUCCUGGUGUUAAAACACCGUAAAUAUAACACUUCUUGAUGGAUUUGCUGAGAAAAAGAUUGAUAUAUGUUGAAGACAAAUCCAGAAAGCAAGUAUUAAUUACUUGGAAAAUUUGAAUGGGAUUGCCACAGCCAAAUAUUCAACCAUUGUCCUUUUUCUGACUUUUUAUGUAUGUAGGUUACUUCUUUAAUGACAGCAUUUUUUUCUGAUUUGUUGCCGUAUUACUGCCUGAGGUAUUUAUAUAUCUGCUACAGAAAUACCAGAUCAUGCAAGCAUUUUUACAGUUAGUUCCUCCAACUCUGUUCUUGUUGCUUACUAACUGGUUCCACAACUGCAUAAAUUUGUAUUCAUUUGUACUUGUCUUUGUUUCUCAAAGCUGUCUGUGUAAACCCUUUAAUAUAAAAUUUGUAAAGAACAUUAUAACUAGUCUGGGUUUAGAAACUGAAGUUGAAAUAAACUGUAUUACAUUUACAA